AUGGAUGAUUUAAAUGAGUUGAAAUCAUUUGGGGAGAGCUUAGGUCUUCAAGCGUCAGACCUGACAAAUUUUAUUAAAGAGCAGCAAGCUAUACAGAAAGAUGAAAGACAAGCUCAGAGAGAGUUAGAUAAGAUCAAAAUAAAUUCUCAAGCUGAGGUUGAAAGAGAGAGACUAAGUUUUGAGUUAGAGAGAGAGAAAAUGAGAAAUGAUAUUGAGAGAAUGAAACUAGAACAAAAGCCUAUUUUGUCAGAAGAGGCAAAGGUUACAGUCGGUCAUGUUUUUCCCAAAACACCCAAACUCCCUUUCUUUGAUGAUUCUCAUGAUGAGAUGGAUAGCUUUCUCCUUAGAUUUGAAAGAUAUGCUGAAGCUCAGCACUGGGAUAAAUCAAACUGGGCUAUAAAUCUUAGUGCAUUGUUAAAGGGAAAGGCUUUAGAUGUGUAUGCGUUGAUGCCCAAAACUGAUGCCCUUGAUUACAAUACUCUUAAGACCGCUUUAUUGAAACGGUUUGAAUUGACCGAUGAUGGUUUUAAAAAGAAGUUUAGAUCAUGUAGGCCAGAUCAAUGUGAAACCUUUUCUCAAUUUGCUGUUCGACUGAGUAGUUACUUUGAUAGGUGGGUUGAAAUGGCAAAGGCAACCAAAACAUAUGAAGGUUUGUAUGAUCUUAUGUUGCGAGAUCAAUUUCUGCAUGUAUGUAGUCAAGAUUUGAGAUUAUUUUUGAAGGAGAGAAUACCUGAGAGUUUAACGAGAAUGGCAAAUUUAGCUGACCAGUACAAAGAUGCCCGCGACUUAAGUGCGCUUCAAGCUGCAGGUAAGGGUAAGAUUUCUUUGUCAAAAAAGGUCGAUCAGGUAAAGAAAGUGGAUGUUGGUGAGAACAAGAGUUCAUCUUUUGAUAAGAAAAGAUUCAUACCCAAGUCAGAGCGUAAGUGCUUUAAAUGUCACAAAGUUGGACAUAUUGCAUCGGAGUGUAGGUCCAAAACAACUUUUAAUAAUGUGUCGCAUGCUGUACAGGACGUUGGAUCUUCUGAGCAAAAGGUAUGUUUUGUUAGCACAAUGCCCUCAGACUCUGUUAUAGAUUCCACUGCAUCAUCUUUUCCAACAACUACGUCAUUUUCAUCUUGCCAAAGGAGCUUAGCUUCUAGUAUGCCGAUAUCUGCAGGAUAUGUUAACCAUGUACCAGUGACAGUCUUGAGAGAUACUGGCUGCAGUGGAAUUGUCAUAAGGAGGAGCAAAAUACCAGAGGAAGACCUAGUACAAGGUAGAAAACAGACUUGUGUUCUAGCAGAUGGUUCCAAAAUAAUUGUUCCGAUUGCAGAGGUUUCCAUUAACACUCCCUUCCUGAAAGGACAGUAUGAGGUAUGGUGCAUGGAGAAUCCUGUGUACGACUUGAUAGUUGGUAAUGUCCCAGAGGCCAAGCCAGCGACUCAACCAGACCCAGAUUGGCAGAUAAAUGCUGUUGAGACCCGACAACAGAAACGUAACAAGAGUAAACCAUACGCUCAGCUUAAAGUGCCAGCCAUCAUAUCUGAGGAUCUUGAUCCAUUGAAAAUUAGAAAUGCACAAGAGCAGGAUGUUUCUCUGAAAAAGGUACGUGAAUAUGUUGAGAGCCACGUGACUCAGAUGAAGAAGAAUGGUAAGUUUCGGGACCAGGUAAUGAAACUAGCGCAUGACUCUUUGUUAGCAGGUCAUUUGGGGACGCAGCGAACCUUAGCAAAAGUUACAUCUGAAUUCUUCUGGCCAGGGAUGCAGAGUGAAGUGCGACGUUACUGUCAGUCGUGUGACAUAUGUCAACGCACAGUUCACAAAGGUAAGGUACAGAAAGUGCCACUGGAGCGAAUGCCACUCAUAGAUGAACCCUUCCAGAGAGUUGCCGUCGAUCUUGUUGGACCACUUUACCCAAUAACAGACAAAGGUAACCGUUAUAUUUUGACUUUGGUAGAUUAUGCCACUCGCUAUCCCGAAGCUAUAGCUUUACCUAACAUCGAGACAGAGAGAGUUGCAGAGGCACUUAUGGACAUGUUCUCGAGGAUUGGUGUGCCCCGUGAGAUGUUGACAGACAUGGGAACACAAUUUACUUCUUCCCUUAUGUCAGAGGUGAGUCGACUUAUUUCUCUUCGUCAAUGGACAACAACACCAUAUCAUCCGAGUUGCAAUGGGUUGGUAGAACGAUUCAACGGAACUCUGAAACAAAUGUUGAAGCGACUUUGUUCUGAGAAACCUAAAGAUUGGGAUAAGUACCUGAGUGCAGUUUUGUUCGCCUAUAGAGAAGUUCCACAGGAGAGUCUUGGAUUUUCUCCGUUCGAGCUUGUAUAUGGCAGAUCAGUUCGUGGACCAAUUUCUAUCCUGAAAGAGUUAUGGACCAAGGAUAUUCCAGAUCCCAACGUAAAGACUACAUAUCAAUACGUCCUGGAUCUCAAAGACAGACUUCAAUCUAUGGCAGACUUAGCAAAGGAGAGUUUAGAAAAGUCGUCUACCAGGUAUAAGAAAAACUAUGACAAGAAAACGAGACAUAGAAGUCUAAAGGUAGGAGAGAAAGCAUUAGUUCUAUUGCCAACUGACAACAAUAAGUUAUUGCUUCAGUGGAAGGGACCUUUUGUGGUGACUAACAAGGUAAACAGAGUAGAUUACCAAUUGGAUGUUCAAGGUAAGAAGAAAACGUUCCACAUAAAUCUAUUAAAGAGGUAUGUUGAGAGAACUUCUGAUAUUGUUUCGAUGACGUGUGAUGCAGGUGUACUUGGUUUGGUUAACGCAUCAGUGGUUGAUUGUGUAGAUGACGAAGACCAAGAAGGCCAGUUAGACGUGUAUCCUCAAUCAAAGGUUAGUGGAAGUAAUGUUAAUAUAAACCCUUCAUUAUCAACAGAGAACAGGGACAAGUUGUUGAAAUUGUUGGGUCAGUACAGUGAUGUUUUCCAAGACAAGCCAGGUCUCACAAAUGUCCUUGAACACGACAUAAGAAUGGCAAGUACAAAACCCAUUCAUGUAAAAAGUCGUCAAAUACCGUAUUCUAUGGAGGAGACAGUCAACAGAGAGGUAAGUGACAUGUUAAGUAUGAACAUUAUUGAACCCUCCGACUCUCCGUAUUGUUCACCCAUCGUUAUAGUGCCCAAGAAAGAUGGAACAAAUAGGUUUUGUAUAGAUUUUCGUCUGUUGAACAACCAGACUAUAUUUGAUUCUGAACCAAUGCCUGACACUGACGAAAUGUUUUCCAAACUUGCAGGUCACAAAUUCUUUUCAAAAAUCGAUCUUUCAAAAGGUUAUUGGCAGGUAAAAUUAACAGAUGAAGCAAAACCAAAAACAGCUUUCAAAACGGGGAAAGGAUUGUUCCAGUUUAGGGUGAUGCCCUUCGGGUUGGUAACGGCUCCCGCUACUUUCUCAAGGUUGAUGCGCAAGGUCUUGCAUGGUAUGGAGAAUGUAGACAAUUUUAUAGACGAUAUUUUGGUCUACACAAGGUCAUUAGAACAUCAUUUUAUUGUUUUGAAUGAGCUUUUUCAGCGAUUACGCCAAGCAGGUUUGACAGCCAAGCCUAGUAAAUGUUCAUUGGCUUAUUCAAACAUAGACUGCCUUGGACACAUUGUGGGUAAUGAGCAGUUGAAACCAGACUUAGACAAGGUUGAUGCAAUACGUAAUGCACCUGUCCCGCUUACCAAAAAGCAAUUAAGGUCAUUCCUUGGUUUAAUCGGGUUUUACCGUAAAUUUGUGCCAAACUUUGCCCAGAUUGCUUCACCUCUUACUGAUUUGACUAGAAAAGGUUCUCCUACUAAGCUUCUUUGGGAAGAAUCUCAUAAUUUAGCAUUUCAGACGUUGAAGAGUUCACUUACAAAGUGCCCCAUUCUGAAACUCCCCAACAUCAAUGAUACAUUCAUUCUACAGACAGACGCUUCAGACAGAGGUCUGGGAGCAGUUCUAUUACAAUGGGAACAAGGUCAAAAACUACCAAUUGCGUAUGCUAGUAGGAAGCUUAAAGAGAGUGAGUGCAAGUAUGCAACAGUUGAGAAAGAGUGCCUAGCAAUUGUGUGGGCUAUUCAAAAAUUCCAAAACUAUUUGUAUGGGCAAGAGUUUGUGUUAGAAACGGACCAUAGUCCCCUUGUAUAUCUGAACAAGUCUAAGGUAACAAACCCAAGACUUAUGCGUUGGGCACUUAGCCUUCAACCUUACAGGUUCAGAAUUCAGGCCAUUAAGGGCCAAGACAAUGUUGGUGCUGACUACUUAAGUCGUUUAACAAACAACACAGGUGAGCUCCCAUCCGUCAUUGUAAGGAGGACACUUAAGGCUGCCACACCUGGCUUCCACUGGGUAGAAGAGUUUGCCAAAGUGGGUUUGAGUCCCCCCGUUUCGAUAUUGGGGAUCUUUGUCGAUGCAGGAGUAGGUGGAGGCAGCCCGGUGGCCGUGGUAUCCUGA